AUGCGCGCUCGGAUGCAGCGCCAGGCAGAUCGGCCAGCUGACGCUGUGGUCAUCACUUCCCUGCCCUUCUCACAGGCUGUGGCACAGACGCAUGUCCAGAGCCGCCGUACAGCCUACGUGGCCGCCAGCGCUGCGGCAACCGUCGCACCCGCGCCCAACACCCAGCAGCCCGCCGUGACCCUUGUCGCAGACAACGUCGCCAGCGUGGCUGCCACAUCCCUGAUAGCGAUCCGCCUCGAAGCACGGCGCGACUCGACCAACUCGAGGACGUGCGAGGCGCUGGCACGCGCGGCGGCCGACGCGGACUGGGGGCGCCGCCUGGACGCCGCCUGCAAGCCUCAGGCUGUGGCGCAGCUGCUGGACUUGCUGGCGGAAAUUGAGGCGCUGCUGCUAUGA